CUGCCGCCCGCCCGUCGGUGUGUCCGUCCGUCCCUCCAUCCAUCUACCCAUCCAUCCCUCCAUUCAUCCAUCCCCCCAUCCAUCCAUCCCUUCAUCCCUCCAUCCAUCCACUCACCCACCCACCCACCCACCCAUCCAUCCAUCCCUCCAUCCCUCCAUCCAUCCAUCCACCCCGAGCGAUGACGGGGCUCGCCUUCCUGCUGUGCGCCGCCGCGAUGUGCUGCACCGCGGCGCCGCCUGCGCUGCCGGCCCGAGAUGCCGCCGUCGCCGAGCAGCCUGCGCCGACGGCAGCCAAGCCGCGGGUGAGGUUCUCCCUCCGCUCCGCGUCGCACGCCGAGGAGGAGGGUUGCGCGAUCGCCGUCGGGCAGCACAAGUGUCUGGAGGACUGCGGGUUCAACGUGACAGCCAAGACCUUCUUCAUCAUUCACGGGUGGACCAUGAGUGGCAUGUUUGAAACCUGGCUGGGCAGCUUGGUAUCUGCUCUCCAGGAGAGGGAGAAGGAUGCCAAUGUGGUGGUGGUGGACUGGCUUUCCCUCGCCCACCAGCUCUACACCGAUGCUGUGAACAACACGCAGAUUGUCGGAAAAAGCAUAGCGAGGCUGCUUGACUGGUUACAGGAGAACCCGCUCUUCCAGCUCGAGAACGUUCACCUGAUCGGGUACAGCCUGGGCGCUCACGUUGCUGGCUUUGCUGGUAACCACGUCCAUGGGACGAUAGGCAGGAUUACAGGUUUGGAUCCGGCUGGCCCUAUGUUUGAAGGAGUGGACCCUAGCAAGCGCCUCUCCCCCGAUGAUGCUAACUUUGUGGAUGUCCUUCACACCUACACAAGGGAAACGCUAGGUGUUAGCAUUGGGAUCCAGAUGCCUGUAGGCCAUGUUGACAUCUACCCCAAUGGGGGAGACUUCCAGCCUGGCUGUGGUUUAAGUGAUGUCUUGGGAGCAAUUGCGUAUGGGACGAUUGGUGAAGUGGUUAAAUGUGAGCACGAGCGGUCUGUGCACCUCUUCGUGGACUCCCUCGUGAACCAGGACAAACAAAGCUUCGCGUUCCAGUGCACCGACUCCAGCCGCUUCAAGAAGGGCAUCUGCCUGAGCUGCCGGAAGAACCGCUGCAAUGGCAUCGGCUACAACGCCAGGAAAACACGGAACAAAAGAAACAGCAAGAUGUACUUGAAAACAAGAGCUGACAUGCCGUUCAAAGUCUACCAUUAUCAGAUGAAAAUGCAUGUCUUCAGCUACCAGGGCUUGGGAGAGGCUGAUCCCACUUUCUCUGUCACCCUUUAUGGCACCAGUGGAGACUCUGAACCGCUCUCUUUAGAAAUGCUUGAUCAAAUUGGCCUAAACGCUACUAACACCUUCCUGGUGUAUACUGAAAAGGACAUGGGUGAACUUCUGAAAAUAAAGCUGACCUGGGAGGGAACAUCGCAGUCAUGGUAUGACCUAUGGAAAGAGCUGAAGAGCUACUGGUAUCGGCCUGCGAAGCUUUCCCAGGAGCUGCAUGUCCGACGUAUCCGUGUGAAAUCUGGAGAGACACAACAGAGGUUUGCUUUCUGUGUGGAGGAUGCCCAGCUAACCAGUAUAACCCCUGGUAAAGAGCUCUGGUUUGUGAAGUGCACAGAGGAAUGGCAAAAAAGAUCUGUUUCAAAUGUGCUCUGAAGACUUCUCUAAAGACACAGCUAGGCAACCUAGAUGACCGCAGAGGUGGCAAGAUGCUCUGGCAAAACUCUGGCUUGGUAACACUUAGAGCAACUAUCUCUUGAGGAUGCAAGAAACUGAGAAUUGGUGGAGUGUGGUCCUAGACCUAGAAUAACUAAACCGAUGUUGUCCCUUCCCCAAGAAGCCUGGUUUGUGCAUUUAACCUUACCCUGACCUGUUACACACUGCAUUUCCUGCCCUGCAUUUCCCAUUAACUAGAACUAUGGAUGAGAUCUUCACAGAUCUAGACCUCAGCAAUGAUCUACUGGUCUGCCAGCCAGUGGAGCUGAGAAGAUAACAAAGCUAACUGCCCAUCACACUGUUGGCAACAGAGCUGGCAAAACCAGAUUAGCAUCUAGCGUAGAAGUUAAUGUGGGUCCAAUAGCACUAUGGGCUAUGGAAAGAUGAGAUCAG